AUGAGGAAACUCUGUCACUGGCGAAGAAGCCGAUCAGCAACUCCUAUCCAGCAACGAGAAACAGAGAGUGAACCCGCAAAUCUCAACCUUGCACCGUCGGUUGGGCAAUCCAGCUCUCUCGAACAGACUUCGGCGCUUCUAUUUCCAGACGGUGUCGAGGUCUUAAUCAACCCCCCGGAUGCCGACGUCGACAUCUGUUUCGUUCAUGGUUUGACAGGCAACCGCACCAGCACCUGGACGGCACGUGGGCAACCUGCACCUUGGCCGAAGACGCUCCUUCCAUCCGAACUACCCAAAGCCUGCAUACUCACGUAUGGGUACAAUGCAUAUGUAGUGUCAAAGUCGGUAGCAUCUUCCCAUAGACUCAUCAAUCAUGCCAUGAAUCUUCUUACCGAUCUCACAAACGACCGUCGACGUCGCAACGCCUCGGGCCGUCCCCUCAUCUUCGUCGCCCAUGGCCUAGGCGGCCUUAUCUGCAAAGAAGCCAUUCUGCUCUCUCACAAUAACCCGAACCGCUCCCGUCAAGACUUCUUCACGCAAAUCAAGGGCGUCGUCUUCAUGGGCACACCCCACAAGGGCUCGUGGAUUGCGAAUUGGUCCAGAAUACCUGCCACGGCUCUUGGGCUGGUCAAGUCUACCAACAAAUCACUUCUCGAGGUGCUGGAAACCAACAGCCAAUAUCUAGAGUCAAUCCAUGGCAGAUUCAUAUCCAUGAUGCGGGAGCAACGUGAGGCGGGAAGGCAACUCGAGGUCGCUUGCUUCUUCGAGGAGCUACCUCUGUCUACAGUUGGCAAAGUUGUGUCAAAGGAAUCAGCCACAUUCGAGGGCUACGAUCCAAUCACUAUCCAUGCAAAUCAUAGAGAUAUGGUUAAGUUUGGGUCUGUGGAAGAGAAUGGUUUCAAAAGAGUCGUCGGAGAACUCACAGCAUGGAAACCGGAAACCGGUCUAGCAACACUCCAACCAGAGAGCAGCGCUCGGAUGGGUAACUGCUCUGUGAGGCGAAAGCAUUCAACGACUGAGCCUAGGUCGCAUUAUCUGCCAUUCUCGAGAAACAAGAACUUCGUAGGACGCGAAGGCGUCAUCGCUGAGCUUCAGCGACUUCUUUUUACCGAUCUCGAUAGCCGACGAGCCGCACUUAUUGGGUUGGGCGGUGUAGGCAAGACCCAGGUCGCCCUUCAACUUGCACAUCUUGUGAAGAAUGACAGCCCAAGUCACCAGCACUGCUCCGUCAUCUGGAUGCCAGCACUGAGCAUGGCAAGUUUUGAGCAAGCCUGUACUAGAAUGGCCAAUGUAUUAGGCAUUGAGCGUGGUGGCGGGGAGGAUCCAAAAGAAACAUUCCGGGAUUACCUAAGCUCAGAAGAGGCGGGAAAGUGGUUUCUUAUCAUCGACAAUGCCGACAACAUAGAGACUCUACAUGGGAAGGCUCAGGGGUCAGGAGGAAUCGUCGAGUUCGUUCCAGAUUGUGAGCACGGAUAUGUUUUAUUCACGACGCGAUCCCGUGAAGUCGCCGAUAGCGUUGCGCAGACGAAUGUCCUUCGGCUAUCUGGGAUGGACGAGCGGGAUGCUAGAGCCCUCCUUCGCAGUUCUUUAAUUGAGAAAGAUCAAAUGCAGAAUACCGUUCUGGUCGACAAGCUGCUGCGUACGCUCGCGUACCUACCGCUCGCAAUCACGCAAGCAUCGGCAUACAUGAGAAUCAACCAACUCGCAAUCGAGGAGUAUCUCCAGCUACUUCAAAACACAUCCCAGGAUAUGGCGGAAUUGCUAAGCGUUGGAUUCCGCGAUGGCACACACUACGGAAGCGCCCAAGGUGCAGUUGUGACAACCUGGAUUGUGUCCUUCAACCAAAUCCGCGCUCUACAUGGAGAGGCCGAGAAGCUGCUUUCAUUCUCAGCUUGUAUAGAGCCGAAAGCGAUACCUCAGACCUUACUGCCCCGUUUUGGCUCUGAACAAAGCAUGGCACGCGCUAUCGGCACACUGUGCGGGUAUAGCUUCUUGAGUAAACGAGGAGAUGGUGACACGUUCGAUAUGCAUAGUCUCGUACAUCUGGCAACGCAACUAUGGAACAAAGACGAGGGAUAUGAAGACGAAAUACGUCAAACCACAUUGGCACGUGUUGCUGAGGCAUUUCCAGACGAUGAUUGGGAAAAUCGUGAAGUGUGGAGGCAGUAUCUGCCGCAUGCGCUCAGGCUCCUUGACAAUGCGGAUUGUGUCGAGAGCGACGACGGAUGUAAGCUGGGAUACUGGGUUAGCAGAUGUUUACACGUAGAUGGCCGUGUAGGACAGGCAGUAGAGCUGCUAGAGCGUGUGGUUGCAGUUCAGGAGACGACACUGGCAGAGGAUCACCCAGAUCUACUGGCAUCACAGCACGAGCUCGCAAGAACAUAUCAAGUCAACGACCAGAUCAAAAAGGCAGUAGAACUUCUAGAGCAUGUGGUUGCAGUUCAGGAGACGUCAUUGGCAGAGGAUCACCCAGAUCGACUGACAUCACAGCACGAGCUCGCAAGAACAUAUAGAGCCAAUGGCCAGAUCAAAAAGGCAGUAGAGCUGCUAGAGCAUGUGGUUGCAGUUAAAGAGACGACAUUGACAGAGGAUCACCCAUCACGACUAGCAUCACAGCACGAGCUCGCAAGGACAUACAGAGCCAAUGGCCAGAUCAAAAAGGCAGUAGGACUGCUAGAGCAUGUGGUUGCAGUUCAGGAGACGACAUUGACAGAGGAUCACCCAUCACGACUAGCAUCACAGCACGUACUUGCAGGAGCAUAUCAAGCCAAUGGCCAGAUCAAAAGGCAGUAG